UUCAUGGACCAGAUGGACCAGAUGGAUCGGUUCUCCAGAUGUUUGGUGGAGGUUGCACUAUGGUCUGUGCUUGGAUCAUCUCCUCUGAUGGGAGCUUUGAUGCAGAAAAGUCCAGCUUUGGUUCAGAGAAUUUGAGUCUUCAUCAUGAACAAGACGAUGGAAAACCAUCUUCCAGAGGCAUGUCUCGAUGAAGAGGAGGGUACGGCUGGACCUGGCCCAGCACAGAACAUUAAAGGGUUUAGGAACCAGAAACGGGUAAUGACUCUGGGCUGGUGGAGCCUUGAAGAUGAUUAGUAGAAACUCCAGGAACUCCUCAUGGAUCGGGAUCCUCCAGGAUGGGCCGUGUUGGGAGGAAGGACCAUCGGUUGGAAUCGUUCUGCUGCCUGACAUGCAGGGCUGGAGAGGAACCGUAGAUCUGGGCCUCCCUCUGGCAGACCGUUCUGAUGUGAAGUUAAGGUUACAGCCACGAGGGUCUGAGCUUCCUGCAGACAUGGUGGACCCUGGCAGGUGGAGCUGAAGGAGCCGCCGACUGUCAGCAGCUCGAGUUUCAGCCGUUUGAUCUGAGGACAGACUUCAGCUUCACGUCUCAGCUUCACACAGCGACGCCGUAAACCUGCAGAGACGUCUUAAAAAAGCUCCCAGUGGCUCUGGGUUCACCCCGGGACGGAAAGCCGACCCGCAGGCGCCUGGGCUCAGAUCGGCCCACAGCGGGGCUGAAACGGGUUCCAGGACCAGAACCAGAACCAGAGCGUCAAAGCAUGAGUCCACCUGCUGCACCUGAAGCUCUGUUUGAGGAGACCGGGUCAGUCAGCACCAACCAGAGCAUUUUCUGGUCUUCUCCAUUUCUAUUCAGCAGCCUGAAUUCAUGGCUGCCAAGCCGUCUGAAGUCAGAACUCCAGCCCGGAGAGCCCAAAGGUCCUCAUGGGUUUCUCCAGCAUUUGAACAAUUUGACGCCGGCUCGCUGCGGUCGACAUGGCGGCGGUGCGCGCUGCGGCCGGCCUGCUGCUGCUGAGCUGCUGCCGCCUCGCCAUCCUGGCCCCGCCCUGUGCAGGUAAAGGAAGCGACUGCAGCUGCAACCUCACCAACAGUCGCUGUGAUGAGUUCGGCGUCUGCAGGUGUGACCCUGGCUGGGAAGGUGAGCUGUGCGAGCGCUGCGUGACGAUGCCCGGCUGCGUGUACGGCUCCUGCCUGCAGCCGUGGCAGUGCACGUGUGAGGCGGGCUGGGGUGGACGGUUCUGCGACAAAGACCUCAGCGUGUGCUCUCAGACGCAGCCCUGUCACAACGGCGCCACCUGUCUGCUGGAGGACAGCGGAGACUUCAGGUGUCUGUGUCCACACGGGUUCCACGGUCCGGCUUGUGAGAAGAGGAUGGGCCCGUGUCACCAGAGAAGGUCUCCCUGUAAAAACGGCGGUCUGUGUGAGGACGCUGACGGUUUCGCGGCAGAGCUGGCGUGCCGCUGCCUGGCCGGCUUCACAGGGUCCCGCUGUGAGACCGACAUCGACGACUGUUUGAUGGGACCGUGUGCCAGCGGCGCCACCUGCGUGGACGGACUGAACCGCUUCUCGUGCCUCUGCCCGGCGGGAUUCACGGGCCGUUUCUGCACCGUCAACACGGACGACUGCAUCAGCCAGCCCUGCCUGAACGGCGGCCGCUGCCUGGACCGCGCCGGAGGUUUCUCCUGCCUCUGCCAGGCGGGAUUCAGCGGGACCACCUGUGAGACGGCGAGGCCCCCCAACGCCAGCCGGCCCGUCUGGACCACGCCAGGCUGGGACAGCGGGCGCCCCGACAGCAGGAAGGUGAAGGUGACGGUGAAAGAGCGCGGCGCCGCCGGACUCUCAGACCUGCAGCUCAUCAUCGUGUUGGUCCUGACGGGCGUGACCCUCGGUGCGGUGGCCCUGACCGCCGCCCUGGUCCUGCGGGGCCGCUGCAGGGCCCGUGGCCAACCGGCCUGCUGCUCAUCGCCGCCACCGGAAGCUGGAAGCCGCAGCCGGCAGGAGCAUGGCGAUGCGGCGGAGCAUCGGAUCAGCUUCCUGAACGUAACAGAACCACAGAAGAAGAAGCUCAACACAGAGGUGAUUUAGACUGAACGGCUGCGAGAACAGCGGUCACCGCCUGGACUGUGGUUACAUUUAAAACAUGGCGACUGGGCCGGACCCGAUCAGAACUUUAUCCACUGAAGCUUCAUACCUUCAGUCAAAACUCAGGAGGAGCAGCGCUGAGCUCCUGACGACGGCGCCGGGUCCAGAUUCCAGCUCCGCGGUUCUGGUUCCGUUCAGCUGCUUCCAUGAGCAGAACCAUGUUGGAUCACCUGUGUUACCUUCAGGACCAAUACGGUGUAGUUUGCAGUCUGGGUCGCUGAGUUGAGGGAAUUUUCUGUAAAUACUGUAAAAAUAUUCCUAUUUAUUGCUUGUUGUACAGAUUUAGUUUAAUUACAACAAUAAGUUAUAAUAGUAGGUAAAAUGUUAAUUAAAACUGUUCCACUUUUUUACUUUGGAUCAUGAGAAUAUCGGUUUGUGCGGGACGGAUUUUAGCUUUAGAUUUUAGAACCACAGCUAACAAUCUAAAUAAUUGUGUGGCAGCCAUAAUACUCAACAUAUUUCCAGACUGUAAAGUGAGAUAAAUAUAAAGAUUCUCUUCAAAUCAAAAAA